CAUCAUUCCUAAUGCAAAUAAUUCACAAAAUAUACGGAAUUUGUAAUUAUACAAUGUUAUUUAUAUAGAUGGAUGCAUUUUGGUAACGUAAAAGAUUCUUUUCAAUGGUGUCGUGAAGGUGUAGAAUUAUCAGUGAUUCCAUAUGCCACCUAGACUAUUUAUAACCGCACUUUGCAAACAAGCCUUUUAAUAAUCGCAAGAGAUGUACUAAGGAUCAUUCGUAAAAUGUUCCGUCGCACAUACAACCACAUCUCUAGAACAAUAUUACUCAAGGGGAGUCCUGCAAAUAAAAUCGCCACUUGGAGUUUAGGGAUAUCAAUUUCCUUAGUUUGGAUAUAUAUUAGUGAGAAAAGGAAUCCACGUGCCAAAGGUAUAUUUUUUAGGAAGAAAGAAGCCGAAAUCUUUACUGAAGAAGAAAUUGCAAAGUGGAAUGAAAAGUUCAAACCGAAGAGCAUUUAACCUAUUGCCUUUAGAUGCACAUUUCUCAGAUAUAUCAGAUCAUCAUCUUUGUUAAUAGCA